UGUACGCCCCACAUUACACCUGGGAUCAGAUAAUGGAGAGGGUUGAGCAAUAAGAGUAACAUGGAGCGAGCAACUGUCUGGUUUGCCUUCAUUCGAGCAGCGCCUCAUUCCGCAAAGGCUUACGGAUUCGACCAGUAGCUGGAAAACCGAGCGACUCCACCGUAGACAUGCGAGUCCUCUCCAGAGUUGAGACGCUCCUAGCCGCGGCGACGACACUGAGCACGACUAUCUGCGCCCAUCCCACCUCUCCUCCUCCCCGCCAGUCCAAGUGCGGCCCCUUCAGUGGCGACUACUACGUCAAGCAGUACCAGCUGUAUCCCGAGAAUGCCGACUUUGACUUCAACUCGUGCAAGCUGUACAUUGGCCAACUCUGGAACGCCUCCCUAGGGAUCCACGACCCGUACACGGGCGCCCACACGACCGUCGAAUUCGACGGCAUCUCGCACAACCCAGCCUUCCACAUGGGCGCCGUCGGCGUGGACCGCAGGACGGGCCUCGUCUCCAUCAUCGCCGACGCGGCCAACGCGUUCCCCUCGGAGGGAAACGACAUCUCGGGCACCAACUGGCUGCUCCAGCUGGACCCCAGGACGCUGCAGCUCGUCUACAAGAUCAACCUCACCGAGAGUUCGCAGGGCGCGUACGGCGGAUUCCAGGACGUGGAGCAGGACCCCGAGGGCAAUGUUUUUGUCGUCGGGACCUGGCCCGGCAGUUUGACCAAGGUCAGCAAAGACGGCAAGACGGUUACUCCCUGGUAUCUCCCCGACAAGAUCGUCCCCACGGAGAAGGGCAUCGGCGGUAUAGCGGCCCUGGACUGGUUACUGCUGGCCCAGGGCGACCGGUCGGGCAAGAUCUGGCGCUUCGAUUUACAAGCUGAGAAGGGCGUGCCUGUCCCCGUGAAGAUGGUCGGCCAGGGGGCGGCGAAUCAUACAUUCGGCCAGAGCGAUGCCAUCUAUCUCCCUCCCAGGCACAAGGGCACCGUCUUGCUGGUCGCCGAGGACACCAUUGGUGUGUCGGUGUUCCGCUCCAAGGACGCAAAGUGGGAGGAGGCCGAGUUCAAGGGAAUCGUCCCCAUCGGCCAGGUCGGCCCGGGGACGAGCAUCGUGGCGCCUGUGCAGAUAGGCGAGAGCCUGUAUAGGGUGUACGAGCCGUUUGGAGAUGAGGGGAUAGCCGGGCCGGGAACGGCAGGGAAUCGGACGGAGUUCUUGUUCGAGGAUAUUACCGCAAGUGUGGAUGCCUUGCUGAAGGGUUAGGUGGCUGGAUAAGGGGGGCUUUCCAUUUGCUAUAUAUGGGUCGGAUAUACGUACAGCCUCUGUUCACAUCCAACUGAACACCCCCCUGCACUUCCUCUGUACUGCUGUUUUCUACAUCUAAUGUAAACAGCUAGCAGGCGCAGCAAUAUAGGAGGUCCUGCAAUUAGCUUUGUAGCGCACCUCUACGUAUAGUAGUAUGUUUAAGAAGAAAAUUCUACCUGUCGCAUUAUUAAGUCGUAGCUAGUUAGCUUGUG